GCCCAGGAGCCCUGUCGGAGAGGCCUGCCCAGCCCCCUAGGCGGGCGGCCCAUCAUGCUCCUGCUGUCGCCCCGCAGCGCGCUCCUCUCCGUCUAUUGCCCGCAGAUAUUUCUCCUCCUGUCCAGCGGCAGCUACCUAGCACUGUCGUCCGUGGUGGCCCUGGGAGCCAACAUCAUAUGCAACAAGAUUCCUGGCUUGGCCCCGCGUCAGCGUGCCAUCUGCCAGAGCCGGCCCGAUGCCAUCAUCGUGAUCGGGGAGGGGGCACAGAUGGGCAUCAACGAGUGCCAGUACCAGUUCCGCUUUGGCCGCUGGAACUGCUCCGCCCUGGGCGAGAAGACCGUCUUUGGACAAGAGCUCCGUGUAGGGAGCCGCGAGGCCGCCUUCACCUACGCCAUCACUGCGGCCGGAGUGGCCCACGCCGUCACGGCCGCCUGCAGCCAGGGCAACCUGAGCAACUGUGGCUGCGACCGGGAGAAGCAAGGCUACUACAACCAGGCAGAGGGCUGGAAGUGGGGAGGCUGCUCCGCUGACGUGCGCUACGGCAUCGACUUCUCCCGCCGCUUCGUGGACGCCCGCGAGAUCAAGAAGAACGCGCGGCGGCUCAUGAACCUGCACAACAACGAAGCCGGCCGCAAGGUUCUGGAGGACCGCAUGAAGCUGGAGUGCAAGUGUCACGGCGUGUCGGGCUCCUGCACCACCAAGACCUGCUGGACCACGCUGCCCAAGUUCCGCGAGGUGGGCCACCUGCUGAAGGAAAAGUACAACGCGGCCGUGCAAGUGGAGGUGGUGCGGGCCAGCCGCCUGCGGCAGCCCACCUUCCUGCGCAUCAAGCAGCUGCGCAGCUACCAGAAGCCCAUGGAGACGGACCUGGUGUACAUCGAGAAGUCGCCCAACUACUGUGAGGAGGACGCAGCGACAGGCAGCGUGGGCACACAGGGCCGGCUGUGCAACCGCACCUCGCCGGGGGCCGACGGCUGUGACACCAUGUGCUGCGGCCGCGGCUACAACACGCACCAGUACACAAAGGUCUGGCAGUGCAACUGCAAGUUCCACUGGUGCUGCUACGUCAAGUGCAACACCUGCAGCGAGCGCACCGAAGUCUUCACCUGCAAGUGAGGGACACCUCCCUGGCAGCACCGUGCCCACCCGGCGUCCGAGGUCUGCGGUGCCGGGGUCCCCGUGGGGAGCCAGCAGUGAACCCUGAGGCUGCGACACGUCCCAGACCACAGAGUUGCGACCAGACUCUGAGGGUCCCCUCCCUGCCAGGUGGCUGGACACAGAAAGGCCGUGCUGGCCUGUCGCACGCAACACUGAUUCCCUGGCCCUAUCCCCUGGGGCCCAGGGCAGUGUGGACGGAGCUUGAUAAGGUUAUUUAUGUUUUCUUAGCAUCAGAAGAGGAUUCUUGGCACUAACAGAUGCGUAGCUGGUCCUAACUCCACACUUUGUGUCCACCCGGCCCCUGAUGCCCCUCUUCGGCCUCUCCCUCCGCCCCCCUGCAGGUCCCAGGUGCCAGGGUUAGCAGGAGAGGACCUUGGAACACAGCCUGGCUUCCCUUCCUCUUUGGAAAUCAUAUCACAGAAGUCAAAAUGUUCCUUGUGCCAGGUUCCAGGAGUGCCCGGUCCCCUUCCUAGUCCUUCACGCUCCUGGCCAGCCAUUGGCCUGGCACCUGCAGUUUACAGAGUCCUCCCUCCCUGGAGCCAGCCUGACCCCCAGGAUGGCAGGGCUGGGCUGGGGAACUCCCCAAAUGCUGGUCCCACCUGACAGAUGGGGCACUAAGGCCCAGAGACCCUUCAGCUGUGAGUGGUGCUUCUGCCUGAGUCCCCACCCAGGAUACCCAGCAGGCCCUUGCCCAAGAGCCCUAGCUGCUCCCUUCCCAGCCACAGCCUCGGGCUGCACACCCUGGCAGUCGGUGCCUUUGAGGUUCUCAGAGCCCCAACCUGGUCCUUCUGCUCGACCCCAAUGUUGGGAAAAUUGGCAAGCAGGGCUAAGAGUACCUGUCAGGGCCCCCACCUGCCAUCUGGGGACACCUGCUCUCCAGACGUCACCCCAAGUUGAGCAAACCUUUCCCCUCCCAGUCACCUCCUCCAAAACCUUGAAGAUGGGGUUGGAAUAGGAGGUAGGACUCAGGGCUGGGCCAUCCUUUCUGGGCUCCCACUCUGUCCCUGAGGAGACAGGCACUGAGGGUGCGGCCUGCCCAAGGCCAGCAAAUGGCUCCAAGCCACCAUCCCGCCCACUGCUCCCUGUGUCCCCAGUGUGCCCCCAGCGGGCUUGAACGAUGGCCUGGGGCAGUUGACCCCUGUCUGGGUGCUGGCCCUGCGUCCACAUGUCUGAUGAUGCCAGGAUACCCCAACCUCUGGGCCGCUGUGAACGCCCCACCCUACCCUGGCCCCUGCCUCACCCCAGUCCCAGGACACCCCAAGUCCACAGGCUGGCGUCCUCCACUGAGGAGCCCGGGUAACUUAUGCUGUUAUAUAGUGUCCAGAUGUCUAUAGUGUCUUUUAAGUUAUUGUGACCUACACUGGGAACUGGAGGGGACGGUGGGGAUGGCCGAGGCCGUGCCCCCGAGCCAGGCUCCUCCUUCUGCUUGAAAUGACCCUCGGGGCCGACGCUGCCACCGAGGCCCCCGCACUGUCUCUGGGGUACCAAGCACCCAGCCGAGCCCGCCGUCCCUCGAGGGGGCCAUCUCAGGCGUGGGGGCCAGCAUGGCCCAGGCAGGCACUGGCCACCCAUUCCAUGUGCAGGGCUGGAGGUGGCUGGGCACCGGGCAUCCCAGAAGUGCCCAUUUCUGACGGCUGUGCUGCUGGCCUCCCCUGGAGGGGAGCUUGGUCCCAAUAAA